AUGACUCGAGGUAGCCGACGCCAACAGGAGCCCAGAGGCAUGCACAACGGUUGUACGACUCAAGCCGUUGAAGCCAUCAAAGUCGGCCAGUUCGCAUUGGAGAGUUCGCAAAGCAGCGAGUUGAUCGUAUACCCGCAUUUGGUGUGGCCCUUUACCCCAUAUUCGUUGUCCUCUUCCGUCAGCGGUUCCAUUGUUUGGUCAUCACCUCCUCUGAUCGUUUGGUCCCCUGCUUUCCUACGACGGGCAUCCGCUAACCCGUUUGGCUCCAAAGUACCUACGCUACGACAAGCCGAGCAGAAGCCCAGCGGAGAAGUGGUUACCCAACUGCAGGGCAAGAGGUUCGAGGCUCAUGCACGCUCCCAGGGCACCCCAACCCUGGUCGACCUGCUUGUUCUCGGUCAUUCCAAGGCCUCGCUCCAGUCGUCGACCCCCAACACCCGACCCGCUACACUAGUGUAG